GUGUAUUUAACAUUUUUGUUUUUGAAUUAUUAAUUAUUAUUUUUUAUAUAAUUUUAAUGUAAAAUUGUGUAAAAUGCAGGCUAAUUAAAAAAUUUAUAUAUGCAAAAGGUUUUAAACUCUGUAAAAAUGUCGAGAACGAAUAAAGAAAGUGUUAGAUUCUCGCUUUAAUAAGUGCAGCACAGAUUUAUUGAUGUGAACUGGGAAGCUGACUCAACUCUACCAUAUCCUUGUGCAGACUUGUGUUGUAACAUUGGGGAAGUUAUUAUUGUAUGCCAAAUUACUGUCACAAAUUUGGCAUGUUACUUAAUUAUUAGUUUAAUCCAAAGUAAAAUACCGGCAGACUAUCCAGGUCUGGAAAGCAAAUGUGCUGAAGGGUUUGUGGGAUUACUUCAUACAGAUGAACAAACGGAGCGGAUUUGACUUGGAGUCAGAUUGAUGAUCGUUAAGAUGCAGUAAUAUUAUUAUCAUUUUGUAAAUUGUAUUAGUGCUGUUAGGCUUCUAAAAUGUGUAGUAGUUAAGUGGUCGAGGAAAAUAUCAACCGGUUUCCUCGGCAGGAAUCAACUCCAGCUUUGGAGUCGAUUCCAACGUUUUGAAUCGAUCCUCGAUUCCCAGCGCCUCAGAAUCGAGGAAUCGAUUCUUUUUGGAAUCAAUUCCCAGCCUUACCGUUGGGCGCUCAGAGCUCCUUGGUUGGACGUUCCAAUUUCUCCCAUUCAUUUUUACUAGAAAUGGUCCGUCUCUGUUAAAUAGUCUCUGUUUACACUUGAAAUUGCCACAAGGAAUCAACUCGCCUAGUAAUGUCUCUUUCUCGGAAGACUCACGCUGAUUGAAGUUUGGACGUGGUCGCUAUAAAUGUAGAAACUGCAUCGAUCGAUCAAGUCAAUCCAUCCCUUUAGUGAGAUGCAAUUUAUAAGCGGUCUAUUUUAUGAACUUUUGAAUGACUAUGUAAACACUUCUACUUCUAAUAGAAAAGUUGCAACUGAAAAGUUUCAAGGAUUAAGUGGCUGAAUAAAAGGCUUUAUUAAAAAAAAAAUAAUAAUAAAAAAUAAAAAAAAUUUCCACUUGUUAACUGCAUUAGUUAACCUGAACUAACAUCGAACAAUACAUUAAAAUCAUUUAUUGAUAUUGGUUAAUUUCAACAUGUACUACUAAUUAUUUUUUUAAAUCAAAAGUUGUAAAUAUUAACAUUAGUUAAUGUACUAUGAACUAAUGCAUAAACUAACAAGAAACAAUUUGGUAGUUUUGAAAACUAGCAUUAACAAAUAUUAAUGAAUGAUGUAAAAUAUAUACUGUAUAUUGUCCAUUGUUAGGUCAUAAUACCUAAUGCUUUUACUAAUGUUAACAAAUGAAACCUUGUUUAAAAGUGUUACAGAAUAAAAAAAUGGUUUUCAAUUGUUUUAUGUGGUUGUAACAGAAAAUUCCUGUGUGUCAGGCUGAACUCUUUGAAUGCCUUCAGGUGAUGGUGGUUGUGCUACUGGUUUGUGUGGAGGGGAGUGGGUGGUUGUUGGGGCUGUGUCUGGAAGAGCCUGAACACGUGGAAGAUUUCAGUAAGGUGGGACUGAGGCGGUGCUUCAUAUGCAUAUAUAAAACAGGUGCAACAGGUGACAGUGUUGAUACAGCAGAAGAGUGUAGAAUAGCACUGUGAGAGGACACAAGUAGGACCACACUUUGCUGGAAAUACUUUGGAUAUCCAGAGAAAUAAUCCUUGAUGAUAAGGCAACAAAAGAAGUAACACAUCAUUAGAAAGCAAAAUCUCUAAAAUUGACUUUUUAAUCCCAAGUGGAGCACCAUUUGGAUCAUUAAGCGAUGACAACCUAUGAAUCUCAAGGUCAGUCUCCGACAAGAUGUGGGCCCCAGUUUCCUAGCUUGGGUCAGGAACCUCCGGAAUUGAGUCUGUUUAGUGACAGCUACUAUCCCCCUCCAUCACUGCCAAGUCCACAGCGAACAAACCCUUCCUCGUACGACCUUGGAGACUAUGCUGCCUCAUCUCCUAACCCCUACCUGUGGUUCAACAGCCCAGGGAUGAACAGCACUCCCUAUCUGGGUGGGACACCUGGCCCUGCGGGACCCUCUUUCGUUCCACAGCACUAUGGUAUGCAAAGGCCUUAUCUGGGACCUGGUGGACCAGGCGGUCCUGGAGGUGAUCUGGCCUGGUUCUCCAUGCCCUCUCAGGAGGAUCUUAUGAAGCUGGUCAGGCCACCUUAUUCAUACUCAGCGCUGAUUGCUAUGGCCAUACAUGGUGCACCUGAUCGUCGCCUGACUCUAAGUCAGAUUUAUCAAUAUGUGGCAGACAACUUCCCCUUUUAUAACAAGAGCAAGGCUGGAUGGCAGAACUCUAUUCGUCACAACCUCUCACUGAACGACUGUUUCAAAAAGGUCCCACGAGAUGAGGAUGACCCUGGUAAAGGUAAUUACUGGACCUUAGAUCCAAACUGUGAAAAAAUGUUUGACAAUGGCAACUUCAGACGCAAGAGGAAGAGAAAGUCUGAAAGUCUCCCAGAAAAGGGCAGUUCUGGAGGGAAUCUGGGCUCUGAGUCAGGAGACAGUAAUGGCAGAGGCAGCCCAAAAAAUAUAGCCUCUGACAUAUCCACUUCCCCUGAAAAGGGUCCUUCACCCGUGUCUACGGGUCCAUCCCCAUGUUUGAGCAACUUCCUGACUGAGAUGUCUGGUGUGGCCGCUGGUUCCCUAGACGUUGACGAAGAUCCCCUGAGUCGUCCCUUUACUCUCAGUCUGCCAGUGGACAGAGCACAGAGAGCUUCACAACCAACAGGCUUUAGCACCUACUCCCCCAGCGCCACAGUGUCCGAGUGGGCAUCACCAUUGCCCCCACCCACUCCCAUCUCCCCAUCACCCUCCCACUCCACUUUAGGUUUCAGCGGCCCUGCUAUUAGUCAGUUUAAUGGGCAUUUCUACCCUAGUUUGAGCUCGACUGGUAUUCUUUACCCCCGGGAGGGCACAGAGGUGUAGGAGAGGAGGCAGGUGACAGCAAGAAUAGACAAGCUAAUGAUCAGUUCACACAACAGACUCUUGGGGCAAGGAAAGAAACUGUUAUUUUCAUGAGACUAUAUACUGUUGUUGGCCUGCUUUAACUGAACUCCGCUGAGAUGAGUCCUGUGGGCAUGAGAUACGAAUGAAUUCCCACAGGAAUGGCCUAGUCAGCAUGAGAUAUGACAGGCUGACACCAGCAAAGUAGCUCUGAUCUAGGGUAGGCUGCUGACAUCAAGCCAUUUUACUCAGCUAUCUUAUUCUUACUUAACUCAUAUUACUGACACUGAAUUCAAGUACCUGCAAUGAAACCGAACAGAUAAAUUACGUCUAAUGCGGGCCACGGAGGAAAUACAUGCAGUGAAGCAGAUUUUCUUUUGCUGCAUGCUGGCAUUGUAAUAUGAUACUGUCAGACUUUGUGUUUUAACUUGAGAGCAUUUCUGUAUUUUGUGUAAAGUUGGGUUUGUGUGAAUGUUUGUGUGUAUUUUACUAUGAGGUCUUUAAUGGGAUGUAUGUAUUUUUUUUUUUUUU